GAGACCCAUAUCCUCUCCUUCUGUUCUAGCUAUCAUAUCACCCUCCUCCCUCUCUCUCUCUUCAAUUCAACACAAUUACUGCUGAUUGCGUUUCGUUGUAUUUACAUGGCGCCGAGGGAUAAGACGGCUGCCGUUAAAGCUAACGGUAACUGUAACAGCGGCGUUCCUGGAGUUAAGGACGUGCAUUUCAGAGGAGUUAGAAAGAGACCAUGGGGUAGAUACGCGGCGGAGAUAAGAGAUCCAGGGAAGAAGAGCAGAGUUUGGCUUGGAACAUUCGACACUGCAGAGGAAGCUGCACGUGCUUAUGAUGCUGCUGCACGUGAGUUUCGCGGCGCCAAAGCCAAGACUAACUUCCCGUUGGCCUGUGAAAAUGUGAAUAAGAACAUUUUUCUAAGCAAGCAGAAUGAUACUACGAAAGUUAAUGCUAUUGCCAAUAAUAAUAAUAAUAAUAAUAGUAAUCAGAGCCCGAGCCCUAGCAGUACUGUGGAGUCAUCUAGCCGUGAGACGCCAGCUUUAACCAUGGAAUCUUCUUCUCCGUUGGAUCUUAAUCUUGGACCUUCAUCUGCCGUUAGGUUUCCCUUUCAAGCGGUGCCAGGGUUAGGAGGUGUUUUUACAGCACCAGUGGUGAACCAUCAUCAACAGCACGUUCUUUAUUUUGAUGCGAUGGUGAAGAGCCAGUACGAGAGGCUGUUGUUUGAUCCUCAUCAACAACGGCAUCAGCAUCAGCAGGCCAUGAUGUUCGGUGGUGGUGGAGUCCAGAGUGAUUCUGAUUCAUCUUCAGUCGUUGAUUUGAACCAAAAUGAAAUCAAUAAUCCGCCACCAAGAUCUUUUGAUUUCGAUCUCAACCUCCCUGCUGAACCAGAAUUCCGUUGAAUUCUUUUUGAUCCAAAACCAAAACUCAGAACAAACCGGUCUAAUAAUUCUUCCUUCUUUCCUCCUCUUUUAAGAAAUUUGAGUUUAUUUUUUUUCCUAUUUUCUUUGAUAGGAAUUAAAUUAUUAGAAACAAAACAAAACAAACCAAAAAAAAUGGCGAGAGCUUUGUUAUGUUUAUGUAUUGGGUUUUUCAUCCCUGUCGAUGUGUAUACGACGUAGUAUCGGAUCCCCUUUUUUUUUGCAACAGAGAGUCAUAUCUCCCUGUUGUUAAUGAUGAUAACUAGUUACUGUAUUACCCCUUUUUUUUGUUUAAUGCAGUUUCAAUCAAUGGAUUAACACGGA